AUGGAAGCCCGCCUCCUCAAGACCCGACCGCUCCACGCCAUCUUCUCAGACGCCACCAUCUCCCGCGCCGCACGCAACCUGUUCGACGCGGUGCCGCGCCCGAUCCAGGCGCUCUGCAGCACCUUCCUCUCCGCGCUCUCCAGGAGCUCCUCCCACCAGGAGCUCCUCCAAGCCUUCUCGUCGAUUCAUCGCAAGGGCGCUGACGUCCCGUCCGGCUGCAUCCCCCUUGUUUUCAAGUCGUGCGCGCUCACCGCAUCGUCCUGCCAGGGCAGGCAGGUGCACUCCCAUGCUCUUGUCCGUGGGCUGCUUAGGGAUGUCUUUGUGCUGACAGCUCUGGUGGAUUUCUAUGCCAAGAACGGAGACAUGGAGUCCGCUGUCAGUGUCUUUGAAGAGAUGCCGGUCAAGGAUCCGAUACCGAUAAACUGUUUGAUCACCGGAUAUUCAAAGUCUGGUGAUGUGGAUAAGGCCAGGAAGCUAUUUGACGGUAUGGAGAGGCGGACAUCCGCUUCGUGGAAUUCAAUGAUCGCCUGUUAUGCUCAUGGUGGGGAAUUCCGGGAAGCAUUGACGUUGUUUGAUCGGAUGCUGAGUGAGGGUGCAAGACCAAACGCUAUCACCAUUACAUCGGUAUUUUCGAUAUGCGCCAAGUCUGGUGAUCUUGAUACUGGCAAGCGCGUAAGGGCUCUGAUCGGUGAGGAGGAAUUGCAGAACGUGAUAGUGCACACUGCUUUGAUGGAAAUGUAUGUAAAGUGUCAUGCUAUCGACGAUGCACGUCGGGAGUUUGACUGGAUGUCGCAGAGAGAUGUCGUGGCAUGGAGCACCAUGAUUGCAGGUUAUGCGCAGAAUGGCAGGCCACUCGAAUCUCUAGAACUGUUUGAGAGGAUGAAGGAAACCGAUUGCAGACCAAAUGAAGUGACACUUGUUGGUGUGCUAUCCGCGUGUGCGCAGUUGGGUUCUGAUGAAUUGGUUGAGCAGAUUGGGAACUAUGCUGAGAACCAGAGGUUACCACUUACGAGUUACCUAGGAUCUGCCCUAAUUGACAUGUACACCAGGUGCGGGCAUGUUGGAAGAGCCUGGAGUGUCUUCAGCCGGAUGGAACAAAAGGGGGUUAUCACUUGGAACUCCAUGAUCAGAGGCCUAGCAAUGAAUGGCUUUGCAGAAGAUGCAAUCAGCUUGUAUGAAAAAAUGGUGGAAAACGGGGUCCAGCCCAACGAGAUCACCUUCGUUGCGCUGCUAGCAGCGUGCACGCAUGCUGGUUUGGUAGACCAAGGUAUGGCAUUCUUCGAAGAGAUGAAGAGAGAACACCAUGUUUCCCCUCAAGUGGAGCACUGCGCAUGCAUAGUGGACCUCCUGUGCAAAUCCGGCAAACUGUGGGAGGCGUACAAGUUUAUCUGCGACAUGGAAGUCAAACCAAACGCGGUGAUCUGGACCACACUGCUCAGCUCCUGCAGAGUCCAUGCCGAUGUCGAGCUCGCCAAGCUUGCCGCGAGCAAGCUCCUGGCAAUGGAGCCCGACAACUCCUCAAUCUACGUCCUCCUGUCCAAUAUAUAUGCCGAUGCCGGCCUCUGGGGCGAUGUGAGGGAGAUCAGGGACCUGAUGAGGAGUAAGAACGUGCAGAAGCUGUCUGCCUACAGUUGGAUAAAGCUGGAUGCUGAGAGCUCUGUUUUUGGAAGAAACACAAAGCAUUCCAUUCAUUGGGCGAGCUGCACUCGCCAGCAGACAAAUUCUUUUACAUAUAUUGGAAAGAGUUCACAAGAUGUUAUAUCUCGUAAUGAGUUUUUGCAGGACCAGCUGGAGGUGGGGGACAUCCUGGAGAAGCACGGCCUCAAGUGCGUCUUCGCCUUCGACGCCGCCUCCCGCGCGCGCGGCGUCGCCAUCCGAUUCAACCCCCGCAACGGCCGCUCCCUCCUCCCCUACGCCGCCGACUCCACCAUCUUCCUUGACGGCGAGCCCAAGGAUCCUUUGCUGAAGCCCAUCACGAAGGUGAUGCUCACUGUCUGCGCCAUGACAGUGGUAGUUGCGGUGUUACUGAAGGAGGGGAAGAUGCCCGAGUGGCUUAAGGGAACUAAGCUGGGCAACCUGAAAUUCCCACCGUGGGUGCUGGCUUGCAUGGUCAUUGUCUUCAUGAGGCUCCGGAAGAGAACCAGGGAUGUCAUGAAGAAGAUUGGCUGGUCCUCGUGA